AUGUCGGCUCCCUACCAGGCGCCCACUGGGUCUUCCACCAUGCCAACUGCGCCCCCAACCUACGAGGAGACGUUGUCGACCGGCAACUUACCAGCGCAGCCAGGUUCCGUUCCCGGGCCAUCCACAGGGCUGGUGUCAGGUCCCGAUGGGAAGGGCAUGAAUCCACCAGGCUACUACACCCAGCCUGCGCCCAUGCUGAAUCCCACCCCAAUCCCUGUGCAGACUGUCUACGUGCAGCAGCCCGUGACCUUCUUGGAUCGCCCCGUCCAGAUGUGCUGCCCGUCAUGCAAUAAGAUGGUGGUGACAAAAAUGACCUACAACUCAGGCACCCUGACCUGGCUGUCUUGCGGGAGCCUCUGCCUGCUGGGGUGUGUGGUCGGCUGCUGCUUGAUCCCCUUCUGUGUGAACGCACUCCAAGAUGUGGACCAUCACUGCCCUAAUUGCCAAGCCCUGCUGGGUACCUACAAGCGUUUGUAG